GUCAAAGUGGUAGCGCACGCGCAGAAGUACCAGCCACCGGAAGUGAUUGUGCCCCUACCCAAGCCUUGGGUUUAGUACGCUUGCGCAGCAGUCUCUCCCGUCGAUCGUAUUGUGCAAAUGGUGGAGAAGAAAACUUCGGUCCGUUCCCAGGACCCUGGGCAGCGGCGGGUGCUGGACCGGGCCGCCCGGCAGCGUCGCAUCAACCGGCAGCUGGAGGCCCUGGAGAAUGACAACUUCCAGGAUGAUCCCCACGCAGGACUCCCUCAGCUCGGCAAGAGGCUGCCUCAGUUCGAUGACGAUGCGGACACCGGAAAGAAAAAGAAGAAAACUCGAGGUGAUCAUUUUAAACUUCGCUUCCGAAAAAACUUUCAGGCCCUGCUGGAGGAGCAGAACUUGAGUGUGGCCGAGGGCCCCAACUACCUGACAGCCUGUGCGGGGCCCCCCUCGCGGCCCCAGCGCCCCUUCUGUGCUGUGUGCGGCUUCCCCUCCCCCUACACCUGUGUCAGCUGUGGUGCCCGGUACUGUACUGUGCGCUGUCUGGGGACCCACCAGGAGACCAGGUGUCUGAAGUGGACCGUGUGAGCCUGGGCAUUCCCAGAGAGGAAGGGCCGCUGUGCAUUGCCCAAUGGAGGGGGCUCUCCCCGGACCAAGAGAGGAGCCACUCAUUCACCCAACAAAACUGUGUCUUACCUGCUAGGAAAGACCAGUCUCACUCCAGGAACCGUCUGCCAGGUGGGCGGGGCCCGCCCAGUGCUGUUAGAAUAAAAAGCCUCGUGCCGAGA